AUCUUUUUAGUAUGAAGUACAUUAAACAAUUCAAGUGAUAAGAAAGGAAAAAAUUCUAAGAAAGGAAAAGGAAAAAAUUGUGGAGGGAAGACUCUGACUCCCUAUUGAUAUUAAAUGAGUACAACGUCCCUAUUGAAUAAAGAAAAGAAAAUAAAGGUUGAGAUUCCUGAUUCCUGAGAUCGAUCGAAAAUGUGGCUAUUCAGCAGCAAAGGCCCUUCUGGAUUCUCCUCUUAUUCCACCGCCGAAGAGGUCACCCAAGGCAUCAACGCCUCUGGCCUCACUGCCAUCGUCACAGGAGCAACCAGUGGAAUUGGGGUUGAGACUACACGUGUUCUUGCUCUGCGCGGUGUCCACGUGGUUAUGGGGGUCAGAAACUUGGCUGCUGCUAAAGAUGUAAAAGAGUCAAUUCUUAAAGAGAUUCCCUCUGCUAAAGUUGAUGCCAUGGAGUUGGAUCUCAGUUCAUUGGAGUCUGUCAAGAAAUUUGCAUCAGAGUUUAAUUCCUCUGCUCUUCCUUUGAACAUCCUCAUAAACAAUGCAGGAAUUAUGGCAUGCCCCUUCAUGCUAUCGAAGGACAACAUUGAGCUGCAAUUUGCCACAAAUCACUUAGGUCACUUUCUUUUAACAAAUCUUUUGUUGGAUACUAUGAAGAAGACAUCACAUGAAAGUAAGAAAGAAGGGAGAAUUGUUAAUCUCUCCUCAGAGGCUCACCGUUUUACAUAUUCUGAAGGAAUUUGUUUUGACAAAAUUAAUGACGAAUCAAGUUACAGCAGCUGGCGUGCAUAUGGGCAGUCAAAGCUAGCCAACAUGUUACAUGCUAAUGAACUCACAAGACGUCUCAAGGAAGAUGGAGCUAACAUUACUGCAAAUUCUCUUCAUCCUGGAGCCAUUACCACCAAUCUCUUCCGCCAUUCGGGUGUAGUGAAUGGUCUUGUUAAUGCGUUCGGAAAAAUUGUGUUUAAAAAUGUCCCACAGGGAGCAGCAACAACAUGCUAUGUAGCAUUACACCCACAAGUGAAGGGAGUUAGUGGCAAAUACUUCGCCGAUAGCAAUCUGUCCACACCAACCUCUCAGGGAACUGAUGCUCGUUUGGCUAAAAAACUGUGGGACUUCAGCAUGAAUUUGAUUAAGUAGAUUACAUGGAGAUGACAUACAUGAUACAUACAUACUUUGCUAAAGUAUGGGCUUAAAUACUAUGAAGAAAGUUACCUAUAGUUUUGAAUAGACUCCGACCACUACAGUUCAUAGACAUGAAUUCCAAGCAUAGAACUUAAACGUGCUUUCCAUGUAAUGUGCAUACCAGUUUGACGCUAUUUGGUUUAAAGAAAUGGCAGGCUUAGCUUCGUUCCUGAAUGUUUAA